AUGUUCGGUAUCCAAUUCGAUGCUGCGGGCAUCUACCUUGUCGGCACGCCGACCGAUCAAUUUCACGUAUCCUUCGAAGAACUGAUGGCUUCCACCGGGGGCAUCAUUGGUCUUCUCGAGUACGGUCUUACAUGGAAGGUGAUGACUGCCGUUCUGAGCCGAAUUCGACACCGAGUCUGGCAUCAUUCGAGGGCAUCACUCGAUACACAACCCUCCUUAUGGAUUGACAAUUCUGGACCGGCAUUAUACGAAGUCCGUCAUGGACUGGAAUCUAUUCGAGUCAGUCCGCAAGAAUUAGAAUCUUCUCGCUUUGGGAGGGCGAUUAAGGAACAUUGGGAUGGUGGUAUGGCCGGUCCAAGCACGAAAUGGGUUAUACAAAUGGUAUUGGAAGCUUUCUUCAUUGGUAUCUGGAAGAGUAUGCUUCGCAAGUUCAGAUUCAGGAAAUUUUGA